UAAGAAAGGAGUGCUUUCGGAGGGAACCUCAGUACCUCAGGUUGGGUUGGGGUACUGUAGAUGUCGCUUCCCUUAUCGCAGGCGGCCUGGCCUUGGCGAGGCAGCUCCACAGCUGCGCUGGUGCCUCCCGUCACAUCUGCCCCUCCUCGUCUUCACUUCACUUCCUCAACCUCAUCUCGUCAGUACAAAACGAACCACUACUCGUAUCGUAUCUGCCUCAAACCUACACCCUCGCUUUGCAGGUGAGGCUUGACCUCGAAGAUACCAAGUCAAGUCCGCCCGAAGCGUCGACUCGAUCUUGCCGUUACUCUACCCUGACGUUUCACGUCCGCUGGCUCCGUCGUACACCUCACUUCGACCCCACCAACAUCACCUUUACUACGUAACCGGGCACUUCACGCGUUUACCAGCCCAUUCAUCUACUGUCCAUCGUCGGUCUAUCUACGUUAGAUAGCUGGGACUUUCUAUCUGAACUACCAAAAUGGAUCAUCAAGUCAAAGUAACCCUCACAGCCUUGAAUGGCGACCUCUCCAUCGUAGAGCGAUACCUCACCCUCAGUGCCGAGGAUAAUACUGUUCCUGUUGGCAGAGCAUCAAAGAGUGUCACCAAAGGAAUACUCGCUGCCAUUGACAAUGCCUGGUUUGACAGCCCUGUAAUGUCUCGCAACCACGCAACCAUCGAGUUCAAUCCUGAUGAUAUGGUAAGUACACUUUCUCCUAUUUCUGUCUAUUACAGAAACAAUGCUAAUGGUGUUCAGUCGGUUACGAUUCAGGAUAUUGGUUCUAUGCAUGGAACAUACCUGAACAACUUCGAGCUUCCCAAAGAUACACCAACGGUGAUCACUGACGGUGACGUCCUCGUGUUUGGGGCUGAAGUCAGACGUGGUCCUGAGACCUUUCCGGCAUGUUCUUUCAGAGUCAGCCACAAGUUUGUCUCCUCCAAGUAAGACCCCCCGCCCACCUACUACCUUCUUGCAACAGCUAACAUACGGUCUAUUAGGGCCGCGAGCACCUUCGCGUUUCCGGAGUCCUCCGAUGUUGAAGAAGACGGAGAAGAUAUUUACGAUGAGUUCAGCGAAGACGACAUUGAAAUGGGAGAACGAGAGCAAAGAUAUAGUAGUGAGGACGGCGUGUCGAUCGAAUCAAUUCCCAAAAAGCCAUCCCGAGCUGCCGGGGCCAUUGACCUCACAGGAGAAGAUUUCCCUCGCAGCUCUGUUUCCAACCAGGUCGAUCUUACCGGUGAGACAGAUGCCGAGCGACGUAUGAUGAACGUUAUGUCUGGCCGGCCAAGUGACAUAGCUGAGAGUGCGGGUCCUAUGAGCAUUGGUAUAUAUGCUGGUAACGACCCGAUUGUUCUCGAUUCGGACGAUGAGGGAGAUGCAGAUUUCUCAUCGGAUUUUGACGAACAGUUCGAGGACAACGACUCAAGAGACUCUGAUCGACUUAGGAUUAAUGCUGUCUUUGAAGACGACUCGGAGGAGAUUGAAGACUCAGAGAACGAGGGAUCCAUGGAAGACUCGGAGAUGGACAGUGACGCCGGAUCUGAUGAAGAAAUACCAAUUGCUGCACCAAAGCCAGCCGUGGUUAGCAACCUCACUCGUUAUGCCGUGGCAACCGAUGAAAGCCCAGUAAUACGCCUUUCAGACGUCCGGACCCGCAUCGAGCUACCGACCAAUGAUAACGAUAACGAGAACGACAAUAACGACGACCAGAGUGAGUUUGGUCUGAGUGAGGCCGGCGCUGAAGGCAUGAAGGCUCUUUAUGGUGCCAACUCCACUGUACCUGACCAGGAUGCCCCCGACUUCGAGGGAGGGAACGAGACCGAAGAACAGGCUCAAGCAGAGGAAACAUCUUCGCUGAUACUGCCUACCUUGACUCAAGAAAUGGACUUGCCAGCCAACACAGUGUUCACCAGCGUCGGUGAGCCCAGCACGCAGGGAAGUCUCCUAGGAUCGUUCUCAAUCGUCCGACAGCCAAGUCCAUCAGAUGCUGCUAUGGUCAAGAGUGCCAAUAUGACAAAGAAAGCCGGGAUCUGUAAUCUAGGAGACUCCGGAGACUACUCACCCCAGGCUCUUGGCGAGAAGAGUGGUAAGUCGGCGUUCUUCGCUGCAAGAGAGGUUAAUAAGGCAAGGUUUGGAUCGGGAGAGCCAGGCCAGUCUUUGAAUGCCUUUCAAGCAUCAAACAGAACCAUCGAAGCUUUCCUUGGACCAUCGAAUCCUCGAAAUGGUGCACAAAUGCCAGUCAUGUCCCAUGCAGGUGCUGGUAACCUCAGUGGAUGGAAUGAACCAGCAGUUGAGCAAACUCCGUUCGCUACUGCUAGCACAGGAUUCGGAAAUUUUGAAGCGGAGCCAUCAAUGCCAACUUUUGUAGGUUCAGGCAAUGCUGGUAAGUUCUUUGGGGGCAAUACAAAUAGAAAGAGUCUAAGAAGAGUAGUCUCUGGCAUUCCCACCCGCGACUAUUGUUCCUUCCUGGAUAAGCCCGAUGAGUCUCCGAUACUGGAGCGCACUCCCAGUCCUCUGCCUGAUAUGACGAGUUCCUUCAGCUACAACACGAGCAAGGACACCAUGAUGUUGACUUCAAACAUACAACACAAUGCCCGGUCUGCUAUCAAGAUUACUGACAUUGUUGAGUCAUCAACCCCGUUUUUUGGCACAAGCAGCCUGAAGCGAAAGUCGGAUAACAUUUCUAAUGUUACCGACGAGGAGCUGAGAAAUUGGGCAACCUCGAAUGUUACGAGUGACCUUCCCGAGGCUUCCGCUUCGGUCCCUGUGCAUCGCGGAGAGAAAUCGAAUGAUCUUUCCAACGUUGUGGAAGCUCCACCAACCAAGCGAUUCAAAAAGCUUUUGGCGAACGCAGGUUAUGUUGCUCUCGGAGGAGCAACACUUUUCGCUGCACUUGUUGCAACCGCUCCAGACUUGAUGUGAGAUUGGGCAAUGAUGUCUCAGAAAUCGUACGAUACCCCGAAUGCUACUCUAGGGCUUAAGUCUUGAUGGCCUUGUUCCCAGACUCCCGAACUACCCUUGGCUCCAAAGCAAUGGGCGGAAGUUCUUGACAUCUUGAACUUUCUGCCAACUUAUCAUCAUAUAGAUCUAGGACCAUCGUUCCUUCAAGGAGAGAGCCGAUUGCAACCAUACAUCACGCCCCGAGAGACUUAGAGGGCAAUAAUCAACCAGAGUGACGUCCACCGUCUCAAAGAUCCCUCCUGGUCUGCUACAGUUUGCUACCCUCUCCAUGUGGCUAUCGUUUCACAUGCCUCUGUCUCUGUGGCUUACCAAAAAGCCUCGAAUAACGGUAGCGGUGAGGUAAUCAUUGCUAGUCGGCUAGCUGGGCAUGUCGCAAAGAGAGCCCCGAGUACGAGUUAUCAAAUUCCGACGCUUGGAGCGUGGGACGUGGAAAGUUGGAGCGUGAAACUUGCUUCUUCUCAGUUCCUUACUAACCUUGGCAGCGGCAUUCUCGGUACGAGCAGAUAACUUUUCUCUCUGGCUUGGCUUCAGAGAUCUAAGCUACGCAGCGAUCAUUCUCAUGCAUUCAUCGCUGUAGAUUCUGCACGCGUACAUUAGUGUGAUUAUCAAUGGCGCCAUCGAAAACGCCUCGAACGUGGAAGCUUUCUAUGGCUGGUGGCUGGACUCUAUCUGAUUGUGCCUGCGUUUUCGGAGUAAGCGAUAUUGUGACAAAAUUUCCGCGGCCUUUGUGUAGGUGUGGGUGUGUAGGUGUGUGCUAUGUUUAAACCGGAGCUUUCCUGGCUGCUGCCCAAUGAUGCACAGGGCUUUCUUGGGCUUUCAGCUCGGGUUGGGAUGGGAUUAACUUGCUCACUCAGUUCGCAGGAGUGUUGCCGAAGAAGGAAGAAUAGGUG